AUGGAUCCUAGCAGUCUGGCAUGGUUACUGUCCAAACCUGUAGGAAUAACUUCAGAAGCAUCUUCAUUGGGACAGGACAUGACUGUCAACCUCGAUGCCUCCAUGUCUACAUUUGCAACCCUGCCUGUUCUCCCACCUGCCCCCCAGCCAACACUCCAAUUAUUCUGGGAGCCCCCAGAACACCUCCUGACUGGAGGCAUCUCUCCCUGGAAUCCUCUAGUGUUAUCUGCCUUGCCUGGGAUGUCUUUGGUGGCAGAAGGUGGAAGUACGACUCUGGAUACAGCUGUACCUCUGAACAUUGUGCAAGUGGGGACACCAGGCAGGUCUGUACAGCCCAUGCCCAAUGCAAACAUUGUAGUCACAGAGGAGUCCCUCAAUUGUAAUGUCCCUGUGACCCAAGGCGGGGUUAUAGGGUGCCCUGCUUCACACUUCAUGACAGCAACUGAGGAAAAUUCCUUCAUAAAUGCUCAAAUUGCUUUGGCCUUCCAACCCCAAGAAGAAUUGUGGGUCCUGGGCUCUCACCCUCCCACAACACAGCCAGUUGUCCAGUUGGUUCCUGUCCGGUCCCCAGUAAACUCAGCACCACCUCCAAAAGGAGCAGUUGGAGAUAGUGGACCAGCCAAUGUUCAAAACAGCUUCCCAGAAAACUGCUUGUCCAAACAAGACAGUGUCUAUGGGAAUAUCCAGCGCUGGCAGCAUAUCAAGACUCUGGUCCAGCGGCACCUGUCCCAGACUCCAGAUGUGUCAGCUUUCUCCUGCUUCCUCAUUCCAGUGCUUCGGUCCCUGGCCCAGUGGAAUCCUACCAUGAAUGUGGAGGAGGGCCUGUGGAGGGGUCUGCAGGAAUGGCAGUGUACAAGCAACUAUGACCGGAUGAUCUUCUUUGAGAUGGCUGAAAAGUUUACAGAAUUUGAGAAUGCAGAAGAGAAGGAGAAUUCAAGGCUGGAGAUUGAGAAUUCAAGGCUAGAGAUGAUGAGAAGUAUCAAGAGCCAAGUUGUUACAUCCACAAGGCAAGAUCCUCAUAGGCCCCCAGCUCCUGAGGUGUUUGAAGAGCCAGCAUGCAACUCCAUGAAGACUUGUUCCAAGACUGACCCUGCCUGCCUCCAAGUACUCAGACACAGGCAAUUACAAAAGACUGAGUCACCCAUGGAGAUUCCACCUGAAGCCGUGCAGGAGUACAUGGAUAUUAUGGACUGGCUAGAGAGGCUUCCACAAGUGCACACAGGAGAGUCCACAGAAAAAGUGAAAGAGGAGAACAGUGAGCCGGAGCAGAAAGAAGAUGAUUUCUACUCAGCUUUUGGAGUCCUGAGUUACAUUGAUGAGCUGUGCUCCCAGAAACACUUGAGCUGCAGCUGUGGCCAUGGUCUCUCUGACUCUGCUAGUAUCCCCAAUCCGUUAUCUCCAAAGAAGAGGGACCUCAGUCCUGAUCCACCUUCAAAUGACAAGUCUAAGAAGCCAGCUCUUAUUGGAGGCUUGAAACCUAUGGCUACGAGGUCCAACUCAGGGCUUGGUCAUGGGAUAUUUGAAGGGCCACUCUCAGCCCUGGGACUCACUCACUCUUUGCAGGCACAGAAGAAGUUUGAAUCACUAAGUACCCGGAAGAGGAAGAGGAAGAAGUGA